ACACACAUUUCAAGUCGUCGGUGCCAGUGGAGCGCAGAUUCAGUUAAACAGUUUUCAGUCUCAGUUUUUUCAAGUGCGGUUCCGUCGGUUAAAGUCCCGAUCCCAACUAAAUACAAAUAACUACACUCGCAAAAUGAAGAAGUUUUUCGUGGUGUUUGUGGCAUUAUUCGGAGCCGCUGUGGCCCAAAGUAGCUUUAAGUGUCCCGAUGACUUUGGAUUCUAUCCACACGACACGUCCUGCGACAAAUACUGGAAGUGCGACAAUGGCGUUGCCGAGCUGAAGACCUGCGGCAACGGUCUGGCCUUCGAUGCCACAGACUCCAAAUACCUCACCGAAAACUGCGACUAUCUGCACAACGUGGAUUGCGGCGAUCGCACAGAGCUGGAACCCCCAAUCACCACUCCCCACUGCUCCCGCCUGUACGGCAUCUUCCCCGAUGAGAACAAGUGCGACGUGUUCUGGAACUGCUGGAACGGCGAGCCCUCCAGAUACCAGUGCUCCCCCGGAUUGGCCUACGAUCGCGAUGCUCGCGUGUGCAUGUGGGCUGAUCAGGUGCCCGAGUGCAAGAACGAAGAGGUGGCCAACGGAUUCUCCUGCCCCGCGGCCGGUGAGCUGGCCAACGCCGGAUCCUUCUCGCGCCACGCCCACCCCGAGGACUGCCGCAAGUACUACAUCUGCCUGGAGGGCGUGGCCCGUGAAUACGGAUGCCCCAUCGGCACAGUGUUCAAGAUCGGAGACAGUGAUGGCACGGGUAACUGCGAGGAUCCCGAGGAUGUUCCCGGAUGCGAAGACUACUACGGCGAUCUGGAUUUGAAGAGCAUCCGCAAGAGCGAGCUUCUAGCUGGAUUGAACAGUGAAGGUCGCACUAAGGGCGCGCAAAAAACCAAAGCUGCCUCCUCCUCCUCCUCAUAAACAUAACAACUACAACAAGAACCUACAACUUUAACAACAAUAACUAAACAACAACAGCAACUACAACUACAAAACAAUACAACAAGAUCAAUCAACUCAGAUCCCCAGUUCCCAUCCUGCCAAAAAUCCAAACCCUCACAUCACAAAUCAAA